AUGCUAAUGGCCUCUCGAUCAGAAAACUUCGACUACCUGUUCAAGAUCGUGCUGAUUGGAGACUCGGCCGUGGGGAAGACGAACCUGCUUUCAAGGCUGACCCGCAACGAGUUCAGCCACGACUCAAAAGCAACAAUAGGUGUCGAGUUUGGCACACUCACAUUCAAAAUAGAUAAUGAUGUCAUAAAAGCACAGAUAUGGGACACUGCCGGCCAAGAGCGCUACCAGGCAAUUGUGCAGGCAUACUAUAGAGGAACAUCAGGUGCAGUCAUUGUAUACGACACCACAAAUAAAGACAGCCUUAGAAAGGCAACAGGCCUGUGGCUAUCGCAGCUCAGAGACUUCUCUCCAAACGACAUUCCGAUCAUGCUUGUGGGAAACAAGGCAGACCUGGAAGCUGAGCGCGAGGUCGAUACACAGAGUGCAAGAGACGAGGCUGUUGCAAACGGUCUUUCAUUUUUUGAAACAUCUGCAAUGACCGGAGACAAUGUCAGGGAGGCAUUCUUUGAGCUGGUGUCUGCCAUCUACAAACGCGCAAAGAUGCAAAGAUGCAGUACAGACAAGAAGAAGCUAAAAAGCGCCAAGUUUGAUACCGAAUGCCUUAAGGACCCAUCCCGCGAAUCUAAAGCAGGGUGCUGCUGGAAUUGA